AGAUCAACGGACAUGCGCGUCUCCCGUUUCUUGAAUAUUCUCGCUGUCGAUCGCGGAAGGAGAGAUCUUCUGCCUCUCACAAUCUGAAGAAGAGACAGGGAGAAGCAUUGCAAAGGUGACAUACACAUAGAGUUUGUUGUGUAUUUCUAAUAUUUACAAGAAGUGUGUUUAGAUGACUUACAAGAAAGACUGUACCUUCCGAGUUGACUAGAUUUAUUAUAACAAAGUUCGUCGAGUGAGUUACACGUGCUACGAUCUAUUAUACUCGUGCAACCUCAUCAUUUAGAAAUUGGACUUGAUUAUUAUAUUCCGAGGCUCUAUAGUAUAUAUACUUAUCAUAUACGAACACUUAGUUACGGGAUCGAGAAUCGGGGAAGAAAUAAGUCCUCGGAAAGAAGUUGGAAAAGCAAAUAGUCGAGUGAAGAAAAAUCUACGAUAAAACCGGUAUUCGCCUGUCACGAAUACAGCCUUCUUUUCCCCCAAAAAAUUUACGUUUGAAAAUCAUCGUUCAUGGCUGCGGCAGGCAAUCUAAGACUCACGCUUGAUGACUUUAUCAGCAGAAUUAAAUUACAUCAUAUCUGCUUUAUAUGUCAAGUACAGUUCAAGAUUAAUGUGGACUUGGAAGAACACAUGAAAUUGCACCACAACUGGCCUUACAUAUGUCAUGUAAUCAAGUGCAAUGUUAUUUGCGAUAAUUGGCAAAGAUUCCAACAACAUAUGGAAAUGCAUUCUUAUACCACGGGUAAGGAAUUGUGUACUUAUUGCUACAAACUAUUUUCCAGCAAAAGUUCAUUGUUUAGGCAUUGGAUAAGACUGCACGGACAGUUCCAGCGCAACAUAUUACGUACGCUACAUUCCGAAAGUUAGAUUACAAUUUUCAUAUGACUCAUAUUCGGUCCCAUACACUGUAUCUAAAUAGUCGUUACUGGAGUCAUUGGAGUAGCUGAAUCACUUUUUAUCCAGUUGGAAGAAAUGUAAGAAGAAAAUACACUUACAAACGUCAAGCAAUAUAAUAAUAUAAAAAGAUCGUUUCUACAGAAUUUCUGUAUUAUUCGAAAAUUAUCAGUCAUUAAAAAAUAGCUCCAUACGGAACAAAUUAAAACAGGUUAAUUUAGAGGAAAAAUAUGUAUCGAAUAACAAAAUACCUUGACUUACCAUAUUUAUUCGAAUAAGUAAUUGCGAUUGCAUAAUUAACUUAUUCGAAUAAAUUAAGUAAAUGGCUUGUGAUUCUUUAACUAACUACAUAUAUUGGAUAUUGUUACCCUCGACUGAUAUACAUGUAUUAUACUCUCGACACAUGGCAACUGUAUGUAUUAAAUUUAUAAUAGUUA